GUUGAAGUUGAGCGAGGAGAUAGUCGAGGCCGCCGUAGUCGAUGCCGAUCAGAAGCUCUCUCGGGGGAAAAAGUCCUGGGGUCCCGGCUCAUAACGGCUUUUUGUCUUCUUAUGCACGAGUUAGAGCACCUUCUGCAACUGUUUCUCUGACCUCCGCAAGCUUGCCGAUUUCCGGUAAAGAUCGCUGGGCUAAUUUAGCCAGAGUUUCCCACUGACGUGUUUUCCCCGGCUAUUUACCCCCGUGGGGGCUGAUAAGUAAGGGCUGAUAAAUCUA